AUGUCAUCGACAAGGAGGGAUACACGCCACUGCACAACGCAGUGUUCAACGGCUUUGAAGAGUGCUCCAGAAUACUGUUGGACAAGGGAGCGAACAUCGAUCAGCGAGCAAUGGAUGGUUGCACCGCACUCAUCUACUCGGCAUCGAACGGAUUCGAAAACUGCAGAUGAGAAGCGUGGUAGAACUGCAUUGCAUUUCGCUGCGAGCAAAGGAAAUAUAGGUUGUGUCGAGAUCCUUCUGAAGGCAGGUGCCGAUCCCAACUCCAAGGAUAUCAAUGGAAAGACACCAAAGAAUCUGACAAAGAUCCCAGAGAUUAUUUCCGUGCUCUCUGCCUACGAGGAACAGAAAAAGAAAUCGAAAUCAAAGUCGAAAUCAAAGAGAAAUUCGGAAACAGUAGAACAACCCAUUAAUAAAGAUCAACAAACAACAACAACAACACAACCACAAAUCAACAGUAUAAAUAGUAGUAGUAACAGCAGCAGCAGCAGCAAUAAUAAUAAUAAUAAAACAGCCGAAAUUAAUAUUAAUAGUAGUAACAAUAGCGUUAGUUCUAGCGUUGUAACUAAACAGAAAUGGGAUGUAAAUAUCGAUUCAAACUCAUCGCCAACCUCAGUAUCGAUGGUAAAGGAAGAGAGCAGCAUGCAAUCGCCAACCUCAUCGACCACUCAAUCAUCACCACACUCCAAUGCUUCGUUGUCACGGGCAGGUUCAACCGAUUCUCUGUCUGGCGAGAAAGAGUCACCAGAGAACACACCGAAACUAGAUAUAUAUGGAUUUGUAAAGACAACGAGUACCGUGGACGAAUCGACCAUCAGAACUAAAAAGACUGACAAGCAAGAGAAAAAGUGGGCAAAGAUGACAAAGAAUUGGCCGAAAUUUGCCAAGUCUGCCAAGUUGAGAGACCGUCUACCCAAGGGUAUCCCAAGUUCCGUUCGUAGCUUUGUAUGGCAGCGAUUGGUGAACAUUCAGGAGAUCAAGAACAAAUCAAAGAUUACCUACAGCGAGUUGCUACAGAUGAAGCCACAGCCAGCCAUUGCCUCGCAGAUUCAACGUGAUCUCAACCGUACAUUCCCCAAACACAGUUUCUUUGUUGAGAAGGGUGGAUUUGGACAACAGAUCCUUUGUAAUAUAUUAACAGCUUUCUCUAUAUACAACCCAGAGGUUGGUUACUGUCAAGGUAUGGGUUUCAUCACUUGUCUCCUCAUUAUCUAUAUGGCAGAGGAAGAUGCUUUCUGGGUAUUGGUACAACUCGCUGAAAAGUAUGGAAUGGCCGAAAUGUGGAAACCCGAUUUCCCUUAUCUCCAAACUUCAUUCGGUUUAUUAAACACAAUGUUAGAACAACAAUUCCCACAACUUUUUGCACAUAUCCAAAAACAAAACGUUUUUACACCUUUGUUUUCAUCACAGUGGUUCAUUUGCUUGUUGAUUUACAAUUUACCAUUCCCAGUAAUUGUGAGAAUCUGGGAUCUUUUCCUCUAUGAUGGACUCGUUGUUAUUUUUGCUUCUGCGUUGGCACUGUUUAAGAUAUAUGAAGACCAAAUUAUGAAGUUUGAAUUUGAAGAAAUAUUGAACCUACUAAAGUUUGCAAAUGGAGAAGAGAAAUCAUUGCGUAUCGAUGUCUACCAAUUCAUGAAACUGCUUGUUUUACCCAGUUUUUCAAUGAUGUCACUGACUAAUGAAAAUCAUAAAUAUCUUGAAGAUCGCUCGGUAAAUGGAGUUUUUGAUUUUUUCGAAUUUAAAAAGAUGGAUUGA